AUGAAGAUCGUGCAAGUUCUCAUCUCUACCAUCGUGCUGAUGAUGGUGAUGAAGACCGUUUUCGGUGCUUGUCCAUACGUUCUACCACCCCCAAAUGUGUGCGGUCCCAACGAGGAGUACUCCGAAUGCGGUACGGCCUGUGAGGAGACCUGUUCGACUCCACCAACCCAAGCCUGCACGUUGCAAUGCGUUCAGGGGUGCUUCUGCAAACCGGGAUACGUUCGAGAACACGAAAAAGGUGCCUGCAUCCCGAAAUGCAAGUGCCCUCCUUGUUACUGA